GGCAUUUUCACGAAGGUGUCAUCUUGUGAGACACAAUCGCAUACACACUGGUGAAAGAGCAUAUAAAUGUGAUGUCUGCUGUAAGGUAUUUUCAGAUAAAUCAUCUUUGAUUAUACACAAUCGCACACACACUGGUGAAAGAGCAUAUAAAUGUGAUGUAUGCUCGAGGGCAUUUUCACGAAGGAUUACUCUUGUGAGACACAAUCGCACACACACUGGUGAAAGACCAUUUAAAUGUGAUGUAUGCUCGAGGGCAUUUUCACUAAGGAGUAAUCUUGUGAUACACAAUCGCACACACACUGGUGACAGACCAUAUAAAUGUGAUGUUUGUUCUAAGGUAUUUUCAUAUAAAUCAUCUCUAACUAUGCAUUAUCGCAUACACACUGGUGAAAGACCAUAUCAGUGUGAAAUCUGCUCCAAGGUAUUUUCACAGACUUCAACUCUAACUAAACACAAACGCAUACACACUGUGAAACACAAUCUCAUACACACUGGUAAAAGACCAUAUAAAUGUGAUGUCUGCUCGAGUGCAUUUCAUGAAAAAUCAGCUCUUGUGAAGCACAAUCGCAUACACACUGGUGAAAGACCAUAUAGAUGCAAUGUCUGCAUGAGAUCAUUUUCACAUAACUCAUCUCUUACUAAACACAAUCGCAUACACACUGGUGAAAGACCAUAUAAAUGUGAUGUCUGCUUGAGUGCAUUUCAUGUAAAAUCAGCUCUUGUGAGUCACAAACGGAUACACACUGGUGAAAGACCAUAUAGAUGCAAUGUCUGCAUGAGAUCAUUUUCACAUAACUCAUCUCUUACUAAACACAAUCGCAUACACACUGGUGAAAGACCAUAUAAAUGUGAUGUCUGCAUGAGAUCAUUUUCAAGAAACUCAUCCCUUACUAUACAUAAGCGCACACACACAGGUGAAACACCACACAAAUGUGAUGUCUGCUCAAAGGCAUUUUCAAAAAGGUGUCAUCUUGUGAGACACAAACGCGUACACACUGGUGAAAGACCAUAUCAGUGU